AAUGAACUUUGUGCUUCAGACAGUAAAAGCUUGAAGAAAACCUUACAAUGGACUUUUUCAACUCUGCUCUUGGGAGAAACAUCACUUUUGUGCGUCCUGCAUAUUUCAUAAUAAGUGGACUUCUUGGCAUACCUCAUAUCAAGUUUUACUAUGUCUUUCUCUUCUUUGUUUAUAUUGUUUCAGUGCUGGGGAACACAGUUGUGAUGGCAGUAAUAUACCUGGAUCAUAAUCUGAGGACUCCAAAAUAUAUUGCAGUUUUUAACUUAGCGUUUGUGGACCUGUUUGGUAACUCUGCUUUGGUGCCGAAGCUUCUUGACAUUUUUUUGUUCAACCACAGCUACAUCCCUUACAACGACUGCCUGACAUUUCUUUUUUUCUGCUACACCUGCCUCUCAAUGCAGGCUCUUAAUCUGGUUGCACUCUCCUAUGACAGACUGAUAGCUAUCAUCUUCCCAUUACAUUAUCAAGUGAGGGUGACCCAUAGGUUCAUGUUUUCUAUGAUUGCUUCUUUCUGGCUCUUUAUUAUAAUUGCUGUACUUAUUGCGGUUGGCCUUUUGACAAGACUUUCCUUCUGUAACUCUGUGGUUAUUAACAGCUAUUUCUGUGACCAUGGCCAGAUAUACCGGCUGGCUUGUAAUGACCAUUUCCCUAAUUAUGCUGUUAGUUGUCUGUACCCGGUUCUUAUCUUUUGGCUUCCACUUGCGUUUAUCUUGUUGAGUUAUCUAUACAUUGGCUUUACUUUGGCCAAAGUAGCCACGGUUCAACAAGGACUCAAGGCCUUUAAAACCUGUAUAGGUCAUCUGUCAUUAGUGGCAAUCUAUUUUAUCCCAUUGUUAAUCACAUUUACACUGAUGGAAAAUAUACAUCCAAAUGCCAGGAUCAUAAACCUGUCUCUGACCUCUGUCUUUCCUCCCAUGUUGAAUCCAAUCAUUUAUGUUCUACAGACAAAAGAAAUCAAAGAAUCUGUGAAAAGGUUAUUGAAAGUUAGUGGAAAAUGCAGUGUGAGAAAAUUAACCACAAUGUAA